CACGACAUCUACGUCAUGACAUCUCCGUGGACAGGCCGCUAGGCGCUAUCCUUACUGUCCAUCUACUUGUUCGCCUUCCUCCGCUCUGGCGGGAUUCAGAUCGUCACCAUCCGUGCGCUAGAUCAUACGGCCCUGCAUAUCGCCAGCAGGCUGUUGCCCCAGCAGAUCACGUGCUCUCAAGCCCGACAAAAGUAGCAGCAGCAGCGGCAGCCGCGACAGGGGAGGAGUAGGGGAGGAUGAUGAAGAAGAAACAGAAGAGGUGCGUGGUGGGCGCAUGCAGACGGAUGCUACACAUCGUCACUCGAGGUGCUGUUUGUGUUGACGUUUCUGCAGGAGAAACAGGCGGCCAUGAUGGAGAUGAUGGACCAGUCAGUCCAGAAGGCCAUCAUAGAGGCGCGCACAAGGCGCACUGCCGGCGUUGUGGAGGACCGCGCCACACAGGUUCGUCGGGGCAGAAAGAGGCGCAAGGGCGAGGAGAUGCGUGUGGCACUCACACUCGAGCGCAUUGGACGGCACCAGUAGGACAGCACGAGGAUAAUGGACAAGCAGGG